ACCACAACGGGUGCUGCUGAUAAGAGGCACCCCAAGUCACCAAGCGGUGAACCUCCAGAGGCAAGGUGAGAACGAGUGAAGUGUGCGUGUGCGCGUGCCCCCACCCCCACAUGAUGGACACGUUCACGGAACCGGACGAGCUUUCGACAAGCUUCACCUCUCCGGCCCCGUGGAACACGUCCGCGAACUGGAGCAGCGCCUCGCCGCGGCUGUCGCCUGGCCAAUACCGCUGCACUUUCCAGGAGGACUUCAAGUACGUGCUGCUGCCCCUGUCCUACUGGCUGUGCUUCGCCCUGGGAGCUCCCCUCAACGGCGCCACCCUCUGGAUCUUCCUGAGACAGAAGCGCAGGUGGAACUUCUACUACCACUGCAUGUUCCACCUCAUCGUGUCGGACACGCUGUACACGCUGUCGCUGCCGCUGCUGGGCGUCUACUAUGCCCUCGGCAACCACUGGCCCUUCGGCGGCGCGCUCUGCUCCACGGCGCGCUUCACGUUCUACUUCAACAUGUACACGAGCAUCAUGUUCCUGGCGUGCAUCAGCGCGCACCGCUACCUCAAGGUGCGCUGGAGCGGCUGCCCCACGGUGGGUCGCGUCGCCGGCCACCUGCUGAGCGCGCGCGCCGCUCCCUGGGUCUGCGCCACCGUCUGGGUGGCGGUGCUCGCUCAGACGGCGCCAAUCUUCUCGUUCACCACCACCAAGGCCCCCUCGGCGUCGGCCAACAAGAUCGUGUGCCCGGACACCACCACCAAGGAGCGCUUCCAGAGCUUCCUCGUCUACAGUUACGUGACGUCCGUCACGCUGUUCGCGCUGCCGCUCUGCUCCAUCCUCGCGUCCUACUGCAUGAUCGUCCGCAAGCUGCGCACCGGCGGCGGCGCGGGCCUCAACGAGCGCUCGCGGGCCUUCAGGAUGAGGACGACGAGGCUCAUCUUCACGGUGAUGCUCGUCUUCUCGAUCUCCUUCGUGCCCUUCCACGUGACGCGCACGCUCUACUAUGCGAUGAGGGGCGUCGGCGACGCAUCGUGUGGCCUCCUGAACGCCGUGAACACCGCCUACAAGGUGACGCGUCCCUUGGCGUCGGCCAACUGCUGCCUCGACCCGCUGCUCUUCGUGUUCUCCAGCAAGAAGAUCCGCGCGGAGUUCCUGCAAUCCGUGCGGUUCUCAAAGAGCGCCGCGCCAACGACCGGCGCCGAAGGGGUCAUGGAGCGGGAGAGCGCGCUCGUGUAGACGACUGAGGCCCGUGGGCUUGUGACAGCGGGCAGGUCGGUCAGGAAUACCGCACGCGUCACCGAUCUCACGAUCUCUCACCAUCUCUACGUGCGGCAGCUGAAGGUGCAGCAGCAGCAGUAGUAGCAGCAGCGGGCCUGCGAUUAAGUCGCUGCUGAGUUAAUAAUUUCAGUCGUGUGCUUGUACGAUCGGAUUUGCUUGUGUAACUGGCGGAAUGUGCGUAAUAAUCGUGAGAGAUUGUAAAGUUGCAAUAGUUGGGAGAUUCGUGGUCAGGGAGUAUUUUGUAAGUGCGCAUAAUAAUGUGAAUGAUUUAAAAAUGUGUUUAUAGUUACUGUAUUUGGCGACUCAGCGAUUAAUGCGGAAGAAUGUGGUUGUCUUGAUUUAUUCUCGUUUUAAUUUCAUCCAUAAACCCAGUAAACUAGGAACGAUCGGGGAAACUUGGGCCAACGUUGGCUCGAACCGCAUAUCAACUUUGGCCCCACGUUGGCAUGUUGAAGCGGGCUUCAUUUUAUAAGCAAGUGGUUUUUGUUUUCUAUAAAUGUAUUUUACAUACAGGGACUCCUCUACUAAAGAACGAGUUAGGUCCCAGAGGUAUGUUCGUAAGUCCAAAUUUACUCCUGUCGAUUCCAAACAUAUUGUACGACGUGUACACUAAACACGGGGAUUGAUUUUAAACGUUGUAUAAUCUCCUGUGGAUGUAGAUGCCACUGGUUAUUCACGUUCCGCAGAUGUAGAUGCCACUGGUUCUUCACGUUCUGCAGAUGUAGAUGCCACUGGUUCUUCACGUUCCGCAGAUGUAGAUGCCACUGGUUCUUCACGUUCUGUAGAUGUAGAUGCCAUUGGUUCUUCAUGUUCUGUAGAUGUAGAUACCACUGGUUCUUCAUGUUCUGCACAUGUAGAUGCUACUGAUUAUUCAUGUUCUGUAGAUGCCACUGGUUGUUCACGUUCUGUAGAUGUUGAUGCCACUGGUUCUUCACAUUCUGUAGAUGUAGAUGCCACUGGUUCUUCAUGUUCUAUAGAUGUAGAUGCCACUUGUUGUUCACGUUCUGUAGAUAUAGA